AGACAGCAAAGAUACCACGGCAUCAAAAAUCGUAACCGGAAAAGGAGCAACUCUGAGUGUAAAAGGCGUUAACAUGAUCUGCCCUCCUGGAGCCGUGGAAGAUACUGUCAGCAUCCGACUUACAUUGGAAGAACCUUACAGAUACUGUUACCUGACAGGUCGAUGUGGUCUCCUCAACGAUGUGUCCUUUGUUGCUCCCAUUGUCAACUGUCAACCAAACGGCCAGAAAUUCGAAAAAUAUGUCACUCUGGAGGUUAAAUUAAACGGCAAAAGAGUGAAGUCAGACAGUGAUCUCCUCGUUUUACAUGGAACUCGGACCGGUCAAAGCCAAAUAAUAAAUUGGGAGGACAUCACUAAUGAGUCCAAAUUUGAUUUGCAAACGAAAAAACUAGAAGUUAGAAUAAAUCAAUUUUCAUUAAUUGCUGUUCUAGCGAGGUUGACAUUGGUACGCACCAAAGAAAUUGUAACCCGGCUGAACCUCAUGCCCUUCAAAUACAACUUGUCAGUCCUCUUCAAACUUAAUCAGCAGCAAAGCCCCUUUGACGAACUUGCCCUUGUGUUCAUGAGCCAAGACACCUACCAGGAGGAAUACUACAGAGAUCAUGAAGACUCUGCCAUAAUGCGGCUUAAAAAAGAUGGAUUUGAAGAACUCCCUAUUGACUCUAAAAAUGCACAGGAAAGUAUCUGUAUCUACAACAAGGAAAUCAUAACGAUCUCAGUUCAACUCGGGGAGGAUUACAAACCGGCAAACAACCAGCAAGAAUGUUUUGAAGUGGUUGUGGACUCUUGUGCUUGGUGGAAUACUGGACAUGUGAUCAAAUUACCUUUACAAGUUUGUAACACAAAUUCAAAAAUUGUUUGUGGAAAGAUCCUUGUGAAAGGCGAGUUUGGACUCGUUCGCGAGAGCAAGUUUUGCGAACAAGAUCUGUGUGGCUACGUGAGACACGUUCUUGGUGUGAAGAGAGCAAUUUUUGACGUUAAAGCCGUGGCUCAAAAGCUCGAAUUACCCGCAGAAACUCAGCGUCAAGUUCUUACAUGUUGGCGAAGCGAGAAAAAACAACUGGAACUUCUAUUACUACAGUGGAUGGAAAAGCAUGGGGAUGCAGCAAGUCCGAAUGAUCUGAAAAAUGCCCUUGAGGAGUUAGAACCUGAAGAAUACAAGGUGAAAGAAAGAGGACAAAUGCAUAUCGAUCACUUAAGAGAGCUGGCAGGCAAAAUUGCAGGUCUACAACACCAGGACUCUGACGUAAUGAAAUAUUUUCAUUGCGAAGUUGAGAAGCUUUGCUGCGCAGUUUUAAGAGACUGCUGUAUUGAAAACGCAACCUCUGAAGAAGAGGUGGAAUCAGCAAUUCAAACGGAGAAUUUUGCCUCUGUUCUUGUGAUGAAAAAGCGACUCAGCGAGAGCUUUGGAAAAAAGUGCAAGCGCAUGUUCUCCUCUCAAGAGGAUGAAUUCGUUACAAGCUGUUUCCUAUGCAUCGUUUCUGAGCUCAUCCAAGCCAUUAAAGAAAUCUUCCGAGAGGAGAAAAUCAUUCAACGAACGCCAAGUGGAUUACGAGGAGUGACGGAGGAGGCAACGCUCCAAAAAAUUACUUCAGGCAUUCGAGAUGCUGCCCAUGAUAAGAGUAUUUUCAAACUUUUUACUGAGGUGUGCCACAUUCUCGAGAUUCUAUGUCGAAACAAUAACGAUGACCGACAAAGGGAAUCCCUGAUACAAAGCUGGGGCAGCGGCGCCUAUAUGGCUGGAAUGUUGUAUUUUCUAGAAAGGUUCUUUCAAUGCACUGAAGCACGUAGAUUGUACAAAAGAUUGGAAUAUUUUUCCUUACUCACUAGAGAUAUUAUGUCAAAUACUACAGCUUAUGAGGGAAGCUUCUUGCGGGAUUUCCACAAUGUCGCAGUAAGUUUGUUGAAAUUCGCCAAGUUUGAUCCAUCACACCUUGUGCAAUUUGAACUGAAGGACCCAACUAACUCAAUCAACAACCAAACAAAAGAUGACAUAAAGUACGAUAUGUCGAAAGAAAUUUUUUCUCAGCUCUUUUGGAUGAUCAAGAAGCGUGAGGAAAACUUGCAACUUGAAGCUACUGCACAUGUUCACAUUGGUGGACAACUUCUCACACUUGGAGCAUUUGAAGCAAUGGUCAUCCUUCCUGAGUCAUACAGUGAGGUUUUUGAAAAUGCUCCCAUUGCUUAUUUUCCAGUAUCAUUCAAAAGUGAAACUGACGGAGAAUCAUCGAACCUUCGAGUUACUCUGUAUUCUACGCAGAAAGACAACAUCGGCAAUGCUCUGGAAUAUUUGCAGAAUGCGUUAGAUGGACAACUGGGCCUCCUAAAUCAAACAGAAAUUAAGGAAACCAGCCUGAAACUUUUGAACGUCGCCAAAGCAGGGACAGACGUUAGACUACGCUUGACCCACAGAUGGGGAUCAGGGACCAUAGGCGUUGAAAGCAAUACUUUUGUGCCUUUGGAAUAUUCAUCUCCAGAAACUGAGAGUGAUUUGGAAAUUACAGAUGAGCCCGAUCAACAAGCGGUUGGGGAAUCAUCACUUUUACCAGUUGCUGGAACAAGCGAAUACAUUGCGGAUAACCACAACAGAGGCAACAAUUUCAUGACUACUGGCUUGUCAAGUGCUGAACUGAUUCCUUCCUCGACGUCGACAACAAGGCCAACUGUAAUAAACGUUAAUAACUAUAUUAAUCACACUGUCAACAUGGAGGGUCACGUUUGUGUGGCUGGAGAGAAUCCAAAUCUAAACGUUCAAUCGCCUUCAUCUGCAGCACAGCGUUUUCUAGAGGCUGGACCUGGUGCUGCUACAAACAGAAGUAUAACUGCAGGAGCUAUUGAAGAGAUUGAGUGAAUCGAUAACUUUGAAAUGAGAUCUCAUGAUCAUUUGCCGAGUUCUGAUCGGGAGUUGUUCUUUUUGUCCAAAACUAUAUAAAUUAAAGCCUUUAGUUCACAACCGAGAAAAUAGCGACCAUUUGAAUUUUCUCGCCUUAGAAAAGUAAAUGAAGGAUUAAAGAUGACUUUAUAUUUAAUCGACGAUGUAAAGAAGUUCAAAUCUAAAUUGAAGACCUUUCUUUUUAAGCAAGUUUAUGAGGUAUUGUAGGUUCUCCAUUUUGUAUUUUGUUAUUAUGUAUAUAUAUAUAUAUAUAUAUAUGUAUAUGAUUUUAGUUCUUCUUGAGGCAUUGUAAAGCGCUUAGUACUGAAAAGAAUAGGCGCUAUAUAAAUAUUUAUUAUUAUAUUUAUUAUUAUUAUUAUUACUAUAUUUAUAGCUAGUACAUACCAUAACGUAUAUAUCUAUCUCUCUCUAUAUAUAUAUCAGCUUUUAAUUUCCUCUAAAAUGGUUAUGGACAAUGCAUGUCUAUUGCUCAUCAAAGAAACAAUGAUCUCUUUUGUUAUAUGGCGUUCGAAGCUGAAACAAAGACUUUGGAAAUUUUGACACCACUUCCUUUUAGAGAAUUGUCCCUGUAAUUUAUUCGGUUAAUAUCUUGGUUAAUGGAAAAAGAAAAAGUGAAUAUAUUUUACAUAUAUUUUCAAAUUGCAACGUUUUUUAAACGGUCAGACAUGUGUAUUUACAAUUGACUAGGCUGAUUCUUCCAUCGCGAGACAGACGAUUAAAAGUUAAUUUGCUUGUAACACCACGAUGAACAACAAUAUAUUUUCUAUAAUAGCUAGUACAUGUAUAAAGUGUGAAUCAUUAGAUAUCUUGAAGUUAGUAUUGCAUAGUAAUUUAGCACUUGAUUUAGUUAAGCAAAAGGGUUGGACAUUUAACAUGUAAGAUUAUCUUUGAUGGGAUUGUUAUGUUUUUAAUUCGAGAACAAGUUCGACCCCGAAGUUCUGGCAAGGUUAUCAUUGCAAGAACUCUUUGCCCUGAGCAGACAUGGCUGUCAUAUUUGUUGUACCUGGGAACUGAUUUACGCCGGACUUCUGAGAGCCUUAUUUUCGAUUUGUAGCAAUAGCUUUGACAGGUGAUUUAUUAUUGUGGCUGCAAUGUAUCCCUUAUCUGGGUCUACCGCUGAGACUGACGUAAAUUUAAGGACACUGAAAGUCUUUUUUAUGAAAGUGUCCAUUGAAUUUCCGCCAUGCAGUUUUAAAAAGCUGGUUAGAGCUGAGUUAAAGCAUCCUUAUCAAUUUGGUCCUCUUCGCUAAAAAUCGAAUAAAAGAUCGAAUAAAAAAGCUAAAUUUUUUUAGGACGAUAUUAUGUCUGUAUAUUGUGUAUAUUUUAGUAUGUCUCAAGAACUAUGUUCUGACAAAGUCGAGGCACUUUCCUUGUUUUGAUUUUACCAUCCUUUGAGAUAAAUGAGGCUUUGAGUGUCACGCAAUAUAAUAAGAGAAGGGGCUUGAGUUUCUGUCACGCUGAACACUGUGGAAAAUUAACUUUUCCAGGGGAUGGGGGUAGUGUUUGAGGAGACUGUAUGAUUAAGAUAUACAGUACUUUACGGGUAAAAAUAACAAAAACGCUUAAAGCUGUAUGGUUUCGCUUACAUCAAGCUCGAGAGUUCAUCAUUAACACCAAAAAAUAAAAAUCACGAAUUCA